AUGAAGACGUGCGGCUCGACGCGACUGCUCGCCGCGUUGCCGAUCAUCAUUCGGCUCGCCGCCGACUACGCGCGACUCGAUCACGUCGAAUCGUUGUACUAUUCGCGCAAGAAUUUCCUUCGUCCCGACCUUCAGCCGAAACUUUAUCGCAAUUUCGACGCCGAGGUCGAAUACCUCGACGAGUUGUUCGACGGCGGCCACGCCUAUUGUUUGGGCUCGCUCAAACAGGAUCGCUGGUAUCUGUACACGUACCAUCGACAUCAGAUAACAAGAAAGCAAGCCGAUCACACGCUCGAGAUUUUGAUGAGCGAUUUGGAUGAGUCGGUGCUUCCCAAAUUCACCAAGGAUUAUUCGAUCGACGGAAGAGAUUGCUUUAUGAAAACCGGACUUGAUCAGGUGUUGCCUGCCGGCGCUAGUGUUCACGACGAGCUGUUCGAUCCAUGUGGAUACAGUAUGAAUGCUUAUAUGAAGAAUACGGAUCAAUACGCAACGAUUCAUGUGACACCGGAAAAAGAAUUCUCGUUCGCUUCAUUUGAAACCAAUCAGGAUUUUAUGUGUUUGUACGGACAGACGAAAAAAGUGAUUCAAGUGUUCAAGCCGAAGAAGAUAUUGAUGACGGUCUUCUCGGACGACGUUUCGGCGAAGGGAAAAGACGCCCAACAGCAGUUGUGGGAUCGCGAGCUGCCCGGCUAUCGGAGGAGCAGCAUUCAGUUUGUGCGACUUGAAAUGGAAACGUUGGUUUAUGCCAAUUUUGUUCUGAAACAAGUCGAUUCGUCAAGCGAUGAGGACGACGAUGGAGAACGAUCGGAAUAA